AUUGAUUGAAUUGGAAUUGGAACCUGAGUUACGAUUCAUAAGUGAUACAUUUUCCUCAUUAAUUAUGGGCUCCUAAUAUUAAAAAAUAUCCAUAAAUCUAAGUCAUUCAUGGGUAUCUGGAUGGGCUAUAUGCCCAUAUCAACAUUGGAGAUGAAUAAUAACCUGGAACAUACAUUAUUUGGGCGACAUCAUGUCCAAUCGCAGAAUGUUAAACAAAAAUAAAAAUUAUGUGAAUUACUAUUUAUUGAAUGGACUACUUGUGAUGGUUUAUAUAAUGACUUUGAUGUCGGAAUCACAUAGUAGCACAUUAGAAACGGAGUCAAAUACCAGUUGUUCAGAUGCAAUAACAUGCACUAAAUGUACUAUUAAAGCGCAAUGUCAAUGGCUUUUAAAACAACAGGAGUGUAAAAAAAAGAUUUUAAUACAUUUUUCAAGUUUAUUAGUUUCUACUACAGAGGAAUGUCCACAAUUUUCAGUCGAUAGGAAAUAUCAUUAUAACGAUUUUGUUAUUAAAUUGAAAUAUACUUUUAGAGUAUCAAAUGAUUCAUUAGGUUUCAUGAAUUAUCUUCGGACCAGUAAAAUUAAUCUACAAAGAUCAUUAAUCAGAGAUAAAAUUAGUUAUAACGAGAUAACAUAUGAUGGUUUUAUAUUUUCAUUUUACAUGACGACAUUUUUAUUCAAAUUAAAUAUUCCGUCGAUCACUGAAUUUAUUUUUAUUGAGUUCAAUGACGUCAUGCUGCGGUUUGACAACGUCGCCGAUCGUUAUGUUACAUUUUAUAAACAUGAUAGAUGUGCUGACGAUGAGGACAAAUACUGUGCGUCUUGUGCAUGGAAUUACCAAGGGUGCCCGAACUACUUGAAAUGGUGUUCACACGAAAACAGCUGUGAGGGUCGAAAGCAGUUGUAUCUAAAGAAUAACACCGAAGAAAUAAAUCUUUUAAAAUCUUUUUUUUACCCGCAGAAUAAUGAAGCCUACGUGACGAGCGACUGUCCCAAAGUAAACAUAAUAGCGGUCGAUCCGCUGUCUGGACCGCAGACUGGUGGAACGGCUAUAACGAUCACGGUUAGAAACCACAGGAUACUUGCGGAGAACCAAACAAUAUUAGUGAAGGUGGCAGGGACGGAGUGUACAAGCCUCAAGACGUUAGGACCCGAGACGAUCACUUGCACCACGUCACCAUGGGUGAACACCACAGAAGGAUCACUAACCCUCGGUCCGAUCUUGGUUAAGUAUUCGUCGAACCAAGGUGAAUUAACGAUUGAAUCGUCACAGAUAUUUCAGUUUGACGUCCCUCCUAUUUGCGGCACGCCCAGUCCUGUACUGGACACGAACCAACGACUUAGAGCCUUGGAAUCGGGUGACAUCACUGUACCAGUGCGUGGUGUCCAUUUCGUCAAACCAUGUGUUGUAUCCUCCGCCCGACUCUUCGUCUUGCUACCAAACGGUACCAUGCAAUUCGCUUCCAAUUAUUGUGAUAUACCAGUCAACGACACGUUUAUGGUCUGUCGAUCGCCGAUAGUAGAGAGCCGUGUCUGGAUGGACGAAGACUCGCCCAUUGAAGAGCUGGUGCUAAAUUUCGGGCUGAAUUUGAUGAACUUCAUCGGGAAUCAAUCGAUUUUCGUGCAAGGGCCGUCGUAUGGUUAUCAUGUACUCUUUGAUCCGGUGCUAGUGGAUUUUAAUAUAAUAAACAGUACUGGUUCAGUAGUCUUCAACGGUCGCUACUUGAAUCACUUGCCGUCCGACGUCAUCUUAAUACGAAUUCUGAACUCAUCGGAAGCGGAUUGUGAAUCUAUAUCAGAUUGUUCAAUUAUGGCUGGUUGCGAAAAUGUUGUGUUUUCACAACAAAAAAUCAUAUGUGAACCAAACACGACUAUUGCUUCAGCUGCCAUCGCAUCGCGCAAGAUUUUGAUCAUGAUCGGUGAUUCGUUGUCGUACACCGUGUCCAAUAGAUUGCCACCCCCCGAUCUUUCCAAUUUUACCUACCUCAAACAACCGUCGACACUUUUCGGUUGGUGCCGAGCGAUAAUCGCCUUGUCCACGUCGCUGUUGAUUGUUUGCGCGUUAAUUUAUUGUUUAAAAACCAAAAAUCGAUACGACUUACCGGAAACCGUUUGUUACCCACUGGUGGCUUCCACAGGAUUAUAAGAAUAUGGUCUACAUACUGCGCUGUAGUUUUAAAUCUUUAAUUCAUUAGUAGUGUGUUAAAAAAUAAUACGAGUUUUCCAAUUAUCUUUGAAAAUGAAUUUAUUUUGAUGAAAUAUGUAUAAAAUAGUUUUUAGAAUAUCUCAAAUAAUUUAAUUGUGUUCAAUUUGUUGAGGAAGCCCUUAAAAAAUUACCAACAACAAUGUGCACACUUUGGUCUAUUAUUUUAACUCGAAUAAUUCUUCACCAAGGAAAUUUUGAAUUAAAUAUUUUUUUUUCUUCUUAAAACAUUUAAAUAGUUAAAAAAACUAUUCAGGGUUGGUAUUAUGUCCAAAAAUUAUAGUAUGUAAUCACUAAUAACUA